UGGAGGGGGUUGGUGUGGUGUGGCGUGCGCUAGCUCGGCGGCGGCUAUCGGUACCGAGAGUCCGGAGAGAAACGCCACCUCGUCGCGAUUUUAAUGCCGACGAGUGCCGUUAGUAGAGGUCUAUUUCGCCGCGCACCUAACCGUUUUAGCGUCCAACCUCACGUUUCGGGGUCGCUGAUCCGGGGCGGAAGAAGGUUAGCCGGCCGGCUAACGGUAGCCGAUUAAAACAAGUUUAGCCAACUCGCUAGCUGGUUUAGCUAGCUCGCUCGCUAGCUGUUGCGUUUCAGUUGGGGGGAAAAUUUGUUUUUUUUAUUGAAUUCGGCCGAAAUACGGUGGUAGUAUGGCUGAAGCCGAUAAGUUGAACAUCGACUCCAUCAUACAGCGUCUUCUCGAGGUGAAAGGUUCCAGGCCCGGUAAGAAUGUUCAGCUGACAGAGAAUGAGAUCCGAGGUCUGUGUUUGAAGUCUCGUGAGAUCUUCCUCAGCCAGCCAAUCCUGCUGGAGCUGGAGGCACCGCUAAAGAUCUGUGGUGACGUUCAUGGCCAGUACUAUGACCUGCUGAGGCUGUUUGAGUAUGGGGGCUUCCCCCCCGAGAGUAACUACCUGUUUCUGGGAGACUACGUCGACCGAGGGAAGCAGUCCCUGGAGACCAUCUGCCUGCUGCUCGCCUACAAGGUCAAAUACCCCGAGAACUUUUUCCUGUUGAGGGGAAACCAUGAAUGUGCCUCCAUCAACAGAAUAUAUGGCUUCUACGAUGAGUGUAAGAGGCGCUACAACAUCAAGCUGUGGAAGACCUUUACAGAUUGUUUCAACUGUCUCCCUGUGGCGGCCAUUGUGGACGAGAAAAUCUUCUGUUGCCAUGGAGGCCUCUCUCCAGACCUCCAGUCCAUGGAGCAGGUGAGGAGGGUGAUGCGUCCUACCGACGUACCGGACCAGGGCCUGCUUUGCGAUCUGCUGUGGGCCGACCCAGACAAGGACGUGCUGGGCUGGGGAGAGAAUGAUCGCGGAGUCUCUUUCACCUUCGGCGCCGACGUUGUCACCAAAUUCCUCCACAAACACGACAUGGACCUCAUCUGCCGGGCCCACCAGGUGGUGGAGGAUGGAUAUGAGUUCUUUGCAAAGCGGCAACUGGUGACUCUGUUCUCUGCUCCAAACUACUGCGGGGAGUUUGACAAUGCAGGGGCUAUGAUGAGCGUAGACGAGACCCUCAUGUGCUCCUUCCAGAUCCUCAAACCUGCAGACAAGAAGCUGUUCUAUGGGGGAGGGGGGGGCAUGGGCUCCGGUCGCCCCGUAACUCCGCCCAGGAAAGCCAAGAAAUGACACACGUAGCUCCGCCUCCGGCCUCAAGCUCGUCUCUCCCCCCCCCCCCCCCCCCCCCGACUUCUCCUGCCCUCUCUACCUCUCCUCUUCUGUCACCAAACAGCCAGAACUCAGAGCAGAACCCAGGGCUUUCCUUUUUUUUUAUCUCGGUGCGUUUUAACAUUUUAACCUUUGCGACUUUUAACCUUUUGUCUGAGUGGGUGCGUGUGCAUGGGAGAAAACACACGUGUGUCUGUCUGGGCGCAAGCAUUAUAAACGUGUGCAUGACUUUUCUGUGCCAGAGUAUUACAGAUUUGUACUGUCCUUUGUGUGUGUGUGAGACUGUGUGUGUGUGUGUGAGAGAGAGUGGGUGUCUCCCCCUUCCUCUACUCCCCCCUCUCUCUUGCUCUCUCCUUUGCCCCCAUGUGAUAGACUUGAACCACCGUGCAUGUCUGUACGUUAAGUGACUGAAAAGUGGUUUCGGAGAUGAUGGCAGGCCUCUGCCAGCAGAUGGCGUGGCGUGUGUUUGGAGGGGCAAAGACGAUGUUUUUCCCCUGUCCUCUUCAUUACAAUUUACGACUUCGUUUAGCAGACGCUUUUCUCCGAAGCGACGUACAUCUGAGAGUUAAUUCAACACAGGCAAGGAGUUUGUGUGUGUGUGUGUGUGUGUGUGUGUGUGCGUGCGUGCGUGUUUUUGUUUGCGCAUGUGUAUCCACUGUACAAGUGGUCUAAAAAUCCUUGACCAGGAAGGAUCAACUGAGUCCAUCUUAUGAAUUUAAGCGAACGCUUAACCAUACACACAUACGGUCGCACAGAUGACUUCACUGACUCUUUCACGGAGCCAGAGCUGUAAUACAAGAAACCCUCACACUUUAGGUUUGUACAGAUUUGAUUACUUGAAAGAGAUUUUUUGUGAAUUGGUUUUGUAGUCUUUCAUCAAGUUGACCAAUAAAUUGAGAAUCUGAGUUAAACUGUG